CGGGAGCGUAGAGCCGGAGAGGAGAGCACGUUUUGAUUUGGGCGCGUCGCGCUCGUUGUCGUCGGCGGGUGGCACUCUUCGGGUAAGAAGGAGCGAGAAUUGGCUCGGGGUCGGGGUCGGGCGAGGGCGCGGGCGCGGGCGCGGGGCCCAUUUUCGCAAGGCUCUUGCCUUUCUCUGUAGCUGCUUGAGGAGUCUUGAGGAGUCUGUAGAUGAUGGCUGUGGUUGUGGUGCCGCUGGUGGUGGUGGUGGUGGCGGAGGUUCGCGAAGCGAGUUCCUUGACAGUUGGUUGUUCCUCGUGCAGAUCGAUUGCGAGGUCGGAAGAUGCGCCUCUGGAUUCCGCUUCUUGUGUGUGAAUUUCUCGACUUUGUUCGUCUGUUGACUUCUCGGAAGCUUUAAUUGUGGGAGCUGCUGCACGCCCGCUCAGCUCUUUCGCUCGCCGUCCCGCCCCUCGGGAGUUUUUGCUUCGGUAGUGGUGCUGGGAUACGUGUUUCUCUUCUUUGGGAGGAAUUCCAGAGUUGUGGAUGCGAAGAAAGGUAGAUGUGCGAGCUGAGGCUGCGUAGAAAUCGUUUCGGGACUCGUGCCCGGGGCUCAUUCGGCCUCCCGAGAGGGCCUUCUUUAGAGGUGAAUUGUGGGACUACAGGUGUUAGUAGCAGCAGGAGCGGACGCGAAGCAGGCCGACCUAGUUGCGGUCUGAGCCUCGUCUCUUGUUUCUGGAUUUCUGGGCUUGUCGUGGCCCAGGGGUUCGGCGAUGAUCAGUAGAAUUUGUAGCUAGGAUAUAGAAUAGGAUUUUGGGGUUAUGUUACUGAGGCGAAAGCAUAAUCAUGGUGGACGGCCGCAAGGCUUGUUGUUGGUCGAAGCGGGAUAACGUAUCAGCUCCUUGUACCCUACAGUCAUCUCCUACUGUCAAGAAGGAGGCCACUCCGGAUUGUAGUAGAGGAUAGAAAUUUUGUGGCAGAAUUGGUCCUCGAGUUGUGUAUAAGGAAGUUAGUGAACUAUUGAACAUAAUAAUAGAUUAGAACACAUUCUCAGUUGAAACUUAUCGUCCAAGUGGUGUAUGAUGAUGCGCUCGUUCAAAGAACGAGCGGUUAAGUUCUUUGGUCGUGGAAAAGCUGUGAGUGAUGAUGGAUCAACUACAGGAAACGAUCGCACAAUCCACUGCAACCACCGUGCCGCCAAUGCUGUUUACAGAUAUGAGAAGAAUAGGACGUCGACGACCAAGUACACGUGGUUCAGUUUCCUCCCGUUAUCUCUGUUCGUGCAGUACCGGAGAGCUGCAUAUUGGUACUUCACAGCAAUGGCAGCUCUGUCUCUGACACCGUUUAGUCCGUAUGGCGCUGUCAGUGUUGUCCUACCUCUCAUAUUCGUUCUCGCGCUCGGAAUUGGUCGUGAGUUUUGGGAGGACCUGCGUCGUUCGCGGGGUGAUAAAAUAGUCAACACUAGGCCAGCGCAGGUUUAUCUAGAUGGGGGGAAGAAAGAACAGGUGCGGUGGAGGGAUUUGCAAGUGGGUGAUGUGGUCUCUGUCAGUGACGGAGACUACUUCCCUGCGGAUUUGCUUCUGCUUUCUUCAAGUGGACCUGACGGCAUAUGCUAUGUGGAAACGAAGAAUCUUGACGGCGAAACUAACUUGAAGGCAGGUACGACAAGCUCUGGAAAGUACCUGGAACCUGAAUGAGGAGGAUGCCUUGAAGGGUUUUCGAGCAGAUGUGAAAUGCGAAGGUCCAAAUGCAUCACUCUAUACAUUCACUGGCCGCAUGGAGUUCCAAGAUGGGCGGAAUUUCCCCUUGGGGCCCUCCCAACUGCUUCUUCGAGAUUCCAGCUUACAGAACACUGGGCUGAUAUGGGGAGUCGUCAUCUACACUGGACAUGACACCAAAGUCAUGCAAAAUGCAACCGCACCUCCAUCCAAGCGUAGUCGCAUUGAUCGUACUCUGGAUCAGAUCAUAUAUGCAAUGUUUGCAACCCUUUUUGUCAUGAGCUUCGUUACUGGACUCGUUCUUGGCUAUCGAACUCGUCACGAUGGACCUGACAUGUGGUACCUAGAACCUGCUGCAAGCAAUCCCUACUACAAUCCUAGCCGAGCCGUGGUUGCGGGCAUUGUCUCUGCCGUAACUGGCUUAGUUCUCUACGGAUAUCUCAUCCCCAUUGCUCUGUAUGUGUCUUUGGAGAUCGUUCGAGUGCUCCAAGCUCUUUUCAUGAUGCAAGAUCUGAACAUGUAUGAUGCAAGCACUGAUAAGACAGCCAAAGUUAAGUCAGCUGGCUUGAAUGAGGAGCUCGGACAGGUGGACACCAUCCUCUCUGACAAGACAGGAACUUUGACUUGCAACCAAAUGGACUUCUUUCGAUGUUCUAUUGCUUCUGUGUCUUACGGGAAGGGAACGACAGAAGUCGAGAGGGCCGCCAAACAUCUAGGCGUGGCUCUGGCUGCUCAAGUUGUCUCUGACGAAGAUGCAGAAGGGGCGGCGGGAGACGAUGAAGUCGUCAGUAACCCGUACCAAGAGAAAGGCUUCAACUUCUAUGAUUCCCGUCUGUUGGGAGGCAACUGGACUGCAGAACCGAAUAUGGAGACAGUGCGGUUAUUCUUUCAAGUUCUCGCCCUCUGCCACACUGCCAUUCCAGAGGGCAAAGUUGAAGAUAUUCAGUCCAUGCAGUACCGAGCUGAAUCGCCAGAUGAAGCAGCCCUUGUGGUCGCAGCCAAAAAGUUUGGUUUCUGCUUCUACAAACGGACUCCUUCAUCUGUACAAGUUCGAGAAGAUGUUGGAAAUGGGGAUUAUGUCGAUCGCAGUUAUGAACUUCUUAAUGUUUUGGAAUUCAGCAGUGCUAGGAAACGAAUGUCAGUCAUUCUCCGCUUUCCAGAUGGACGUUUGAUGCUCUUAUCAAAAGGGGCAGAUUCUGUAAUGCUUAGCCGGUUGGACUCUGGUAAGAGGGAGUUUGUGAAUAAAACUGUGGAACAUUUGAACCAAUUUGGAGAGGUCGGGCUGAGGACUCUUGUUCUUGCAUACCGUGAGUUAGACGAAGCAGAAUAUCAAGCAUGGCAGUUGAAGUACGCAGAAGCUCGGAGCAUACUUGGGCGGGAGAGAGAGGUGCAGAUUGAGGAAAUUGCAGAUCAGAUUGAAAGGAAGCUAGUAGUAAUUGGUGGUACAGGAGUUGAAGACAAAUUACAAGAUGGAGUUCCGGAGGCUAUAGAUCGUCUCGCCCAAGCCGGUAUCAAUAUAUGGGUUUUGACUGGAGACAAAGUGGAGACGGCCAUCAAUAUUGGUUACGCCUGCAGUCUUUUGCGCAAAGGUAUGCAAAAGAUAAUCAUUAGCUUGGAAGGAUCGGAAGCCCAGGCCGUGGAAGAGAGGGCAGAGAAGGAAUCUCUUUCUCGCGAGCAGGUGAAUAAGGAGUUGACCAAUAUUGUUGCUCGACAACUGUCGGAAGGGUUUGACGAAAUGUCGAGUGUGAAGGACGCACAUUAUGGAUCAGAACGGCGAUAUACUUCUAAAGAUGGACGCAGUCGCAGUAACGCUCAUUCUCGCGAGUCUUCUCAAAGCCUCUCUCAGAGGUUUCUCACGGGUUUAAGUCGUAGCUUGAGCCUACACAGUGGUAGUAGUCGAAGACGUAGUAUGGGUGAACAAGAACUGCAAGAGUACAAAACCAGUGGUCUUGGUCGUAAGCCGGAGAAUGGUGACGUCUUUCUACUGCCAGAAGAGAUUGCACUUCACAAAGAUGCAAAUGGAGAUCACUCGGGGCCACCCUUAGAAAGCUCUGACGAGGAUAUUGUUUACGCCCUUGUCAUCGAUGGGCAUUCCCUUGCUCUUGUUCUAGUAGAUGAGAAGCUUCAAGAGCAGUUCAUCCAGGUCUGCAAGCAAUGCGCGUCAGUGUUAUGCUGUAGAGUUUCACCACGACAAAAGGCACAGGUGACGAAGUUAGUGAGGAAGGGCAUGGGUGAGAACAGGUUGUGUCUCGCCAUAGGGGAUGGUGCUAACGAUGUCGGCAUGAUUCAAGCUGCAAAUGUGGGCAUCGGAAUUACUGGCGUGGAGGGUGCACAGGCUGCAAUGGCUGCGGACUAUGCUAUAGGACAGUUCCGUUUCUUGGAAACGCUGCUUUUGGUACAUGGUCAUUGGUGCUAUCGACGGAUAUCUCUGAUGAUACUUUACUUCUUCUACAAAGUAAGCAUCAUGGGUUGGAUUGCUUUCUACUGCAAUAUCUUUGCUUUUUUCUCCGGCCAACCUCUCUACAACGACUGGUAUGCUUCAUUCUACAACACUGUCUUCACAUCCUUGCCAAUCUGUGUGGUGGGCACGAUCGAUCAAGAUGUCUCGGCGGAGGAUUGUUUGGCGCAUCCUGCUCUUUACAGAGCAGGGCACAGGAGGGAAUUAUUCAACAGAAAGCUGAUUACCUCGUGGCUUUUGAACUCAGUUUACGCAUCUCUAGUCAUAUUUUUCUUUCCUCUCGGCCUAUUUUGGCUGGCGCCCUUCAGAUCUGGCGGUGAGGUUGCGUCUAUGCAAGAGUUUGGAGCUGCUCUGUUCACUUGUUUAAUCCUUGUACCUAAUAUCCAGUUAACCACUGCUAUCCAGUACUUCACCUGGAUGCAUCAUUUGGCUAUUUGGGGUAGUAUAGCUCUCUGGUACCUGUUCCUUCUAAUUUAUGGUGCUUUGCCACCUGCUUACGCGACAUUAGCCUACAAAGAAUUAAUUGAAGCUCUCGGCCCGUCACCGACCUACUGGCUCCUCCAGUUGCUUGUCGUUGUAGCAGCCAUGUUACCUGAUUUCGUUUACCGUUGUUACAAGGUAAUAGCCCGACCUUCUGAUUAUCAGAUAGUCUUAGAAAUAAAAUCAAGGCCAAAGUUAGAUGCUAUUAGCUUCAACAAUAAGUAGGAUGUAGGAAAGAGUUUUUCACAAAUUAUACCUUAGAGGUGGAAUUUGUGGAAACUGUGGCACCGCAGAUAUUGGGCAAUUCUUUUUUCAGGUGUUUUUUCCGAAUAAAUCUCAAGUGCAUAAUUGCAUUACGCAUCGAUUCGCUUCAUAGCAUGCAUAUAUUUUGUU